GUUGCGGAUACAGAGCAAGGUAACGACAGCCGAGCACGUCAUUUUCUUUCGUUCAGCGACCCACUGGUGGAUCUGGUCGUUUUGCCUUGGCAGUUGCCACCAAAUGUAGCCGCCGGCUACAACCGUGAAGCCGUAUAGCAUGGCCAAAUGCAGCACGCCAUGUCCAAGUGUAUGACUUGAUGCGUGCAACAGAUCCUGCAGGUACCACCACAGCUAACGCCAGAGCUGCAUGAAACCUUUGCCGACAAGUCGGGCCUUAACCGGCUCGUCAUGGCGAUCGCCAGAGCUGUCCAUCAACCAGGCGGCGCCGCCCGAUUACUACUGUACACGAGCAGAAGAGUGGUGAUACUCCUUGUCCAGUACGUGUGCACGGGUACGACUGGAAUGUGCGGUCAUGUGCUUGGCUUUGUAUGUGGCGUUGAAUUGUACCGGGAGCCGUCCUUGUGAUCUACGACGUGUGGCGCAACCUGUGGCUUGUCCUGGCCACGAAUCAAGUACGAUAUGUGAGAUUUAUGGUCACGCAAUUCGUGACCACUCUGUCGUUUGUGGAAGUGCGUAAGCACAUCGACGACAACGUGGCGCGUAUCAACAAGGACGCGAUGGCGUUCACGCUGUUGCGAACCAUGGCUGAACAAGUGGGCUUGCGUGAAUUGGAUCGUGUUUUGAUGUGGAGGUUCACAGCGUACGAUGACUGUGAAGUCGCGACGUACUUAGCCACUUUGCACGGCAUCACCGUUGGAGUCGCAGGCGUACUGUGGUGGGCCCUGCCAAGUCAAAAGGACCACGUCCACCAGUGGGUGACACAAGGACGAAGGUACCCGAGGGUAGCUCUCCUUGUCCUUAUAGCUGCGAUCGUCAAGAGCAUGUGCUUAUUAUUAUAACAACACGCGGGCAUAGUCUAAUAACAAAGCAGUCUAUUGUAUUGUUGCCAACUACUGGCGAUAAUGCUGAGCUUCGUAACAUGUAGACGAGUGUCGUUGAAGGAACA